AUGUCUGCUUUCAAUCCCUUUCGCAGGAAUCUGAAUGACGGCCCAACGGGCACCCCUCACCUCAACGGCUUUGCAUUAGCUAAGAAGUGUCGUGAAACAGGUGACGCUACCACUGCGACGGCAUCGGCACCUCAAACGAACAAGUUGACCCCGAGCCUAUCCUCCACCUCUGUUCAGCCGAUCUCUUCGGUGCUUGAAUUCCCCAGAAAGUCGUCCUUGUCGUUGGAGAUUGAGGAGGAUGAUGACUCGACCUCCUCCGAUGAACAAACAGCAGACCCUUUCAAUCCGGACUCUUCGGUUAGCGAUACGGAAGACGAUGAUAAUAUUCAGACCAAGGGCUCAGCUCCUGGCGAUCACCCCAGACAUUCGUUUGGGUCUGCUCCACACUCAGCUCCAUCCACGGAUGGAUCGUCCACUCCCCCAUCGGAAGGUCCAUUGAACACAAAUGAGUACAAGCGCUCGACAGCUAGUUCAACAACAUCCAGCACCAACCAAAAUAUCCCUUCUUCUUUGAAUCGGCCAGAAUCUGAAUAUAAGCAAGGGACAAGUCCGACUAGUCGGACCAAUAGAGACAAAAGGCCACCGCCGCCGCCAAAGAGCCACCAUGGUAAACGGAUUAGUGCUACGGCCAAUCCAUCGUCUUCUCAGUCAACAUCUUCUCGACCAAAUUACCAGCUUUCAUUCCAAUCUGCAUCUCCAGAGAGCUUGGCGACUUCCCGAACAGCAGCCACCCCAAAUGCCAGCUCAGCCCAACCACCAGUUCCAGACUAUUUCUCUAUACAAUCACAAAGCCAAGUGGCAGCAGGUUCAAAUGACUCGCUUUCGCGCAGUGGCUCGCAGAAACGGGCGCCAACACCACCCCUCAGCCGACGGCAAAGCCAAUUGCGGUCAAAGUCCACCGAGUCCAAAUCGAGUACCAGUCGAUUGACCAUGACCUCACGGGACUUAGAAAGCAAUGAUAGCUCCCAGCCACCGAGUCCUGGACCGUCAGUUUCUUCCGCGUUAGCUUUCUCCAGAGAUCGUAAUCGCAUGAGCAUGCCUCCCCCGUCUUCAGGGUCCCUUGGGGAUCUUCGCACUGCGAUCUCCUCGGCUGGAGCUGGCCAGCCUUCACCCACUAACUCACAAACAUCUCAGUCUGGACGACGAGCUUCCUCGUAUGGUAACAUAGCCAGUGGUUCCUCCAUGGCACCACCGCCGCCGCCUCCCCCUCGACGGGCGCGAGAUGGUGCCCGUAGCACCACCGAUGGCAGGCCUGUCUCACAAGUGAUCACAGCAGAGGAGCCAUCACCUCAACCGUCUAAUGCGCUUGAUAUAUUGGCUGAUCUUUCGCGAUUACAAAAAGAGGUGGAUGACCUUCGGGGACACUAUGAGGGUCGCAAGACCAGCGAGUAA